ACACACACACACACACACACACACGUACAGACACACGCUCUCACACACACACGUCGGAGAAGGCUUCGCUGCAGCGGCUUGUUGGACCUUUCGUUCCUCAUCUCGUCACACUCUCCACCACUUCCACCUGGUUGCCGUAGCCGAUUGAUAAUUACCCACAAUGCCUACGGAGGCUUGACACAGCUGCCGAGCGUCGCGCUUGGCCGGACUCUGCCCUACUGGUGGGAAUUCACAUCUCCAAGGUUAUCAAGGCAAGCCCAGCCACUUGAGAGCGUGUGGGGUUUCCCUUCUAAAGCUUCCGGACAGAUUGUGAAGCAUAUUUUACAGUGUUUUUUUUGUGUGGUUUUACUAUGUGGUCUGUUGUACAAGUAAAAGGAAUGUUGCACCUCAGUCAGCAGAGUUCUUCGACAUGCUGGAGAGGAUGCAGAUCCCCAUGGCCGAGGAGACUAAACCCACCCAGAGGCAUAAGGAUGACUACAUCCCCUACCCCCGGAUAGAAGAUGUUCUGGAGAAGGGCGGCCCCUACCCGCAGGUCAUCCUCCCCCAGUUUGGGGGCUACUGGAUCGAGGACGCCGAGGCCCCCGUGGGCACCCCGACCUCGUCGGACAGCAGCUUCUGCGAGGAGGACGACUGGGAGGGCAUGAGCCCCGGCGGUGGCUUCGGCUACCGGCUGGAGUGCAACAGCAUGGCGCGGGCCUACCGCAAGCACUUCUUGGGCAGGGAGCACCUAAACUACUACUGCACAGCUAGCAGUGUUGGCAACCUCAUCAUGUCCCUGAAACACGAGGAGGCCGAGGGUCAGGAGUUCCUGCGCAUCAUUCUGAGGUCAAAGACGAAGACGCUCCACGACAGGAUCUCCCUGGCUGGGCUAACACAACUGCCCAGUGUGCCACAGAUAGCCAAGCUGCUUUGUGAGGAUGUCACUGGGCUGAAGUUCAAUCCAGUCCUCUACCCCAGGGGGUCUCAGCUGAUUGUAAGCUACGACGAGCACGAGGUCAACAACACGUUCAAGUUCGGUGUCAUCUACCAGAAGUUCGGCCAGACUUCAGAGGAGGAGCUGUUUGGCAACAACGAGGAGACGCCGGCCUUCACCGAGUUCCUCGGCGUUCUGGGAGACACCAUCGAGCUCCAGGAUUUCAAAGGGUUCCGUGGUGGGCUGGAUGUGUCUCAUGGUCAGACAGGAACGCAGUCAGUGUACACAACCUUUCGCCAGAGGGAAAUCAUGUUCCACGUUUCCACAAAGCUGCCCUUCACAGAGGGAGAUGUCCAACAGCUCCAGAGGAAGAGGCACAUUGGGAAUGACAUUGUGGCGGCGGUCUUCCAGGAAGAUGCGACUCCCUUUGUCCCCGACAUGAUUGCCUCCAACUUCCUCCAUGCCUAUGUGCUGGUCCAAGUGGAAAACCCCUGCACUGAACACACCACCUACAAGGUGUCAGUCACGGCGAGGGAAGACGUGCCCGCGUUUGGCCCCCCUCUCCCCAAUCCUGCCGUGUUCAAGAAGGGGCCCGAGUUUCGCGACUUCCUGCUGACUAAAUUGAUCAAUGCGGAGAACGCCUGCUAUAAAUCUGACAAGUUUGCCAAGCUGGAGGGUCGCACUCGGGCAGCGCUCUUGGACAACCUCCAUGACGAGCUGCACAGGCAGACGCAGGCCACGCUGGGGCUGGGCACGGCUGGGGACGAGGACAAGCUGGAGAACGGAGGCCACGGGGGCCUGCUGGAGUCCUUUAAGAGGGCCAUGCGUGUGCGCAGUCACUCCAUGGAGACGAUGGUGGGGUCCCAUCGGCACAGGAGCCCGGGGGUCGGAGGGGGCGUCCCAGCCAGCCUCAGUGGAGGGGGACUCCCACAGAGCAACACAGAGUGCACUAAGAGCACCUUCACGCCCCCUGUCCUCUCAGCCAAGUCUCCCCUGAAGAGCCCGGUGAAGCGACGCUCGGGCCUCUUCCCUCGACUCCACUCCAGCACCGACAGCCCGGCCAGCCACUUCCGCAGUGACCCAAAGAUGUCAGAGGUGUGCUCACACACACAAGAGGGAAGGUCAGAGACAUCGUCCAAUCCCAGCUCCCCAGAGAUCUGUCCAAACAAGGAGAGGCCCUUCAUGAAGCUGAAGGAGGGCAGCAGCAGGGCCAACAUCUCACGCUCCUCCUCCAGCACCAGCAGCUUCAGCAGCACCACCGGGGAGGGCGAGGCCUUGGAGGAGCUGGACACGAGCAGUCAUCCAUCCACAGCCUCCUCCUCAGUCUUCAGCCCAUCCCUGAGUGUGGACAGCCAGACGUCAAACACCCCUCUCAUCAUGUGCCGUAGCCCCACAGCAGAUGGGAAGAGUAAAACAUCGCCCAGGUCAAACUUGAAGUUCCGCUUUGACAAGCUGAGUCACUCUACGGGUCAUUAGUACUGUGCUGCAUGGAUUGGAGGUUGCGUGGAACCGGUACUGUCAGAGCCAGUGUCUAUAGAUGGAGGAGGAACCCUUGGCGUCUGGAUUUGCCAUCCCAGUGAGAAUGCCUCCUCUCAGAGCGUACUCUACAGAGCGUCCUUCACAGAGCCUAUUUUCCCAUUCUCACAAGGCAGCGUCUCCCAGAGCAUUCCUUCCCUGCGCGAACCAUGCAGCUAGACACACUGACUGACUCGGGGAGAGAGAGGGGGCAAACGCUUGCAGUCUUAAUGGUCUGGCCCUUUUUUUUUUACUAAAUGUGCUGCAACUUUUUAAGAAAAGUGUCCGUCACAGAGCUAUAUUGCUUUACGAAACUGUGCCUCAGUCUGUAUCUCUUAAAGCCCAUUAGCUUCUUCCGUUAGAGUCUUUUCUACAAGCCGUAGAUCAAUAGAACACUCCCCAGGUGCUCUCUCUGCUCCGUGCCACAACAAGGUGAACUCUCUUUCACACACACACACACACACACACACACACACACGCAAACACACACACAAAGGUGCGCGCACACACACACACAUACACACACACACACACACACACACUAACACUCACUUGAUAUUUCAUUUUCUCUGUGUCUAUGUGUGUCCUCGGUGUCUCCACAAACAAUGAUUAUAAUGUGACGUGUGACAACAGACUUCUUUUCCUGUAAAAUAUUGUCUCUUGGAUUCUGAUCUCCAUUCUGCACUUAGAGCAGUAGAGCGCAUCCUAGAGAAGCUGAGGCUGAUCUGGGAUCCUCCUCUCCUCUUCGCAAGGCCCUUGUGUGCACAGGGGGCUCCGUGCCGAUUAUAUCCAUGACAGCCCGUCAGCAGCUAAUCAGGACGAUAAGCUAAAAAAAAAAAAAAAAGCACAUGAAAAAGAAAAACACGAGCUGAUGAAUAUGUCUUUAUUGCUCUUUGCUUAAGUGAAAAAAGAUAGAAAAACAUAUACGCUACUUACUCUGCAGCUUAACCGUGUAGAGGACACAACAGAUUUUACAUGGCGCACCGUGCUGUAAAUGUCUAACGAUUGGAUUGUGGACCACUAUUUUUUAAAUGUUACUUUUUCUCAGUGCUUUGUGUUCAGCAGUGGCGCUUAGUCUAAUAUGAAUAUGUGUCGAGUCCGAUUCCGUACCAUGUUUGGCCUUUACUGUUGCUUGUGCUUGUCUUACUCAGCCAAAGUGAAGGUCUCCUCUCAUCUUCUGGGGCGCAGGUUAAAAUACCCCUGAGUUCAUUUGCGCUAUACUCUCACUAUGUGAGAAGUUGACCUGGGGAGUUCUACAUGGAUGCUAACAUGUUACAUGGGUUUGUAAUCCUUGGUGACAUUGUGAGUAUAUUGGAACUCUCGUUUCUGAACAGGGAUUUAAAAGCUCUGUGUAUAUCACAGCAGUUUGGUAAAAUAUUGCACUUGUGCAUUUUUGUGUGACAGAAUCAGGUUGAAAACUAAAACAGUCUGAAUAGCUGACAAACUCCCCUUCUUUUAUUAGCAACUCAGUAGCCUCAUUUUGAAGAAGAAAAAAGAGGAUAUAGCUGAUUUAUUGAAAACACAGAGCUCAAUGUGUAGUGGCAAAAACGAUUGUAAAUGCCAUGGUGUAAAAGAAUAUCCCAAGAUUUUAGAAAACAUUCAAAUCAGCGGGAAACCAGAUAGGGAUUUGAUGUCAUUUAAAAUCAUGAUAUUUCACCAAACACAUCAGGAGAACGCUAUGCAAAGUAACAAUCUGGUCUAACAUCAUGUUAAGGGGACCUGAUAAACAUGUACAUGUGAGCAGAGGAAUCCAAAUGUCUUAGAGAAGUUUGACUGAAAAGCCUUUUUGCGCAAAUAUGGUUGACCUUUGAGAGGAAAGUCCACACUCUGCAUUGUAGAUAUAGCUUCAUGACUGUUUUCGUUGUAUACACUGAUGUUGUGAUGAAUGCAUCCCAUAAAGAGACAGGGAAGACUCCGACGUGCUGCGCACACAGCGUGCUAAGCAGUGGAGACAUUCAGAGAAGCGUGUUCAUUUCCUGUGUGCCCAAAGUUCGUGGGUGGAGAACGGCGUCCAUUGCUGCACACAAUUUCUAUUGUAGGACUGAGCAAAAGCGUGUGUCAAUAUUUCAGCUUUCCACAGAGAAUUAUGUCCAUUUGUUUUAAUGUACAGGGUACAUACAGCACCCUCUGAAUCAGUUUGUUCAUGGAAAUAUAAUUUAUUGAUUUUCACAUUUGUGUUGUCAUGUAAAAUAUAAUUGCAAAGUAAAUCUUAAGAGUGAAUUAAGGGAAAUAAUUAUUUAAAAGGAAUACACAUGUAUAUGUAUAUUUGGUUAUGUAAUGUGCCAUUAAGAAUUUAUUAUGAAAUAAAAAUGUUGUAUUUUG